GCGGAAGUUGCGUCACUGGCAGCUAGCAGUAUUAGCUUAGCUUGUGUGUGGAGUCAUUGCAGAGAGGCUGAUAAUCUGGGAGUGUUUGCAGUGAGAAUGUCUUCAGUCCAGCUUCAAGGAGAGUUUAUCACCGAGCAGUUAACUCCUGCUGAAGAAACAUUCACGGAGUUUAAAGGGAGUUUGGUCAAUUCGGAGGAAAAGAUGGACGAUCAACAUCUACUGCUGGAUUUCACCAGGAUCCCCCAGAUCAUCUCACACCGGAUAGACCGCCUGCAGGAGGAGAGGAAUUCCAGUUUGGAUCAAAAGGAACCAGAAGCUCUGCAGAUAAAAGAAGAGCAGAAAGAACCAGAAGAUCCCUGGACUAAAGAGGAAACCAUGGAGCUCCCCAUAAGUGAGCAGGAAGAGCAGCUGGUUCUGAAGCAGGAAGCUGAAGACACAAUAGAUAAAACUUUCCCAUCUUUGAUAUGUGGAGAAAACUGUCUGAAGAAAGAAGAUUUAAUGGAUCAUAUGAGGGCUCACACAGAUCGCCUGCAGGAUUAUGUUGGAAAGGAGGAGGAUUCAUCUGACCAGCAGCUCUGUGGACAGGAGAGGAAAUUCAGUUUGGAUCAAGAGGAACCAGAACCUCUGCAGAUAAAAGAAGAGCAGAAAGAACCAGAAGAUCCCUGGACUAAAGAGGAAACCAUGGAGCUCCCCAUAAACCACCUGCAGGAUUAUAUUGGAAAAGAGGAGGAUUUCUCUGACCAGCAGCUCUGUGGACAGGAGAGGAAUUCCAGUUUGGACCAAAAGGAACCAAAAGCUCUGCAGAUAAAAGAAGAGCAGAAAAAACCAGAAGAUCCCUGGACAAAAGAGGAAACCAUGGAGCUCCCCAUUAGUGAGUAUGAAGAGCAGCUUGUUCUGAAUCAGGAAAUUGAAGAGAAACCUUCCUCCUGUUUGACACGUGAAGAAGACUGCCAAAAAAAAGAAUAUUUUAUGGUUCACACUCACACAGGUCCGAAGAUUUAUGAAUGUCUGUCCUGUGGAAAAAUGUUCAAACUGAAAUAUCAUCUUGAUAAACACAUCAGAACUCACACAGGUGAGAAGCCUUUUUCCUGUACCAUCUGUAGCAAGAAUUUUACUGACAAAAGUAGUUUGACUUCUCACACGAGAAUUCACACAGGUGAGAAACCUUUUGAAUGUCUGUACUGUCGAAAAAGCUUCACACAGAAAUCUAAUCUCGACAAACACAUCAGAAUUCACACAGGGGAGAAGCCCUUUAAAUGUCUGUCCUGCGGAAAACGCUUCAUUCAGAAAUCUAAUCUUGACAAACACGUCAGAAUUCACACAGGUGAGAAACCCUUUGAAUGUCUGUCCUGUGGGAAAAGCUUCAACUUUAAGUCUGAUCUUAAUAAUCACAUCAGAAUUCACACAGGUGAGAAGCCUUUUUCCUGUACCAUUUGUAACAAGAACUUCAAUGACAGGAGUGGUUUGACUAAACACGUGAGAAUUCACAAUGGGGAGAAGCCUUUUUCCUGUACCUUUUGUAACAAGAAUUUUAAUGACAAGAGUAAUUUGACUAAACACAUGCGAAUUCACACAGGGGAGAAAUCUUUUUCCUGUACCAUUUGUAACAAGAAUUUUAAAGACAAGAGUUAUUUUACCUAUCACAUGAGAAUCCACAAAGGUGAGAAACCUUUUCUAUGUCUGUCCUGUGGAAAAUGCUUCACUCAGAAAUCUAGUGUUGAUAAACACAUCAGAAUUCACACAGGUGAGAAGCCCUUUCAAUGUCUGUCCUGUGGAAAACGCUUCACUCAGAAAUCUAAUCUUGAUAAACACAUGAGACUUCAUACAGACGAGAAGCAUUUUGAAUGUCCGACCUGUGGAAAAAGCUUCACCUCCAAGUCUGAUCUGAAUAAUCACAUCAGAAUUCACACAGGAGACAACCCUUUUUCCUGCAACACUUGUAACAAGAAUUUUACUGACAAAACUAGUUUGACUAAACACAUUAGAAUUCACGCGGUUGCUAAAUCUUUUUCCUGUACCUUUUGUAACAAGAAAUUUAAAGAUGAGAGUAAUUUGACCUAUCACACGAGAAUUCACAAAGGUGAGAAACCUUUUGAAUGUCUGUCCUGUAGAAAAAGCUUCACUCAGAAGUCUAAUCUUGAUAGACACAUGAGAAUUCACACAGGAGAGAAACCUUUCUCCUGCACGAUUUGUAGCAAGAAUUUUACCGACCAGAGUAAUUUGACUUCUCACAAGAGAAUUCACAAAGCAGAGAAACCCUUUGAAUGUCUGUCCUGUAGAAAAAGCUUCACUCAGAAAUCUAAUCUUGAAAGGCACAUCAGAAUUCACAUAGGUGAGAAGGCUUUUGAAUGUCUGUCAUGUAGAAAAAGCUUCACUCAGAAAACUCAUCUCGAUAGACACAUGAGAAUUCACACAGGAGAGAAGCCUUUUUCCAGUACCAUUUGUGAGAAGGAUUUUACUGACGAGAGUAGUUUGACUUCUCACACGAGAAUUCACACUGCUGAGAAGCUGAAUGAUUUGUGACAAAGGGUUUAAACGAGAAGCUUAUAGAUAUGCAGGAUUUUGAAUGAUUUAUAUAUUUAUAA